GGAUGAUAGGCUAAAUGCAGUUUAGGGCUUUGCUGCAGCCACUGAAAAGAGGAUUUUAGGUUGCCCAUUGUUGCUGACAUUACUAUUAGAUUCAACAAGCGGUUGACAAUUUAGGCGGCUGCUAAGUUCAUAUGCUACUUGAGUUUGAUGGAGACUGAAGAAUCCAACAGAUGUGCUACCCCCUGCCAAACUUUGAUAACUCAAGAUGAAGCUUUGGAUAAAUCUUUUCCACCACAUUGGUCUACUCCCAUACAGGAAUACCACAAUUCCGGGUCUACUGCAACACCUUUUGUGAAUUCAUAUACAGCCGAAUUCUCCCUUCAUCCUAGCAUUUGGACAAAUCAGAAAUACGGCAUAGCACUUCAAUAUGAAACUCAGCAUAAUAACAGGAGUCUCUCCAGUCGUCUUGUUGCAUCUAAUGGUGCGGUCUUGACAGUUUCAGAAAGAGAACAAUGUAUUUCCAAUGAGAAGGAAAUUGAUUCAAGGACAUUAUGCGAUGAGAGCUUACAGCUUGGAAGUAUCAUUCCUAGGAAAUCAAGGGAAAGUGGUAAUGGGUCUUCAAUGCCCGACAGUGCAAGAGAUAGACCGUCGUGUGUGUCGUCAGAUGAAGGCCAUGGCAUUGAUGACACUAACAGCAAUUCCCUUCUACUGCAGGAAUAUUUUAUUAAGAAGCAGCGAAGCAAUUCGAUGCUUGCUAAUGGUGAUGCUGCUGAGAAGGAGGCUACUGAUACUGAAAACUGGAAUCCUGAUCAUGUGAAUAGAGAUUCUGCAUUGGAGGCUGUUGCCGUUAAUUCUGCUGAACUGAAGGCCAACUUGCGAAGCAAUGUAACUGAGGCUAAGCCCCAACUUUCUAAGCUGGAAGAGGACGAAAUAAGAAGAGAAAGAAAAAGACAGUUAAACAGGGAAUCAGCGCGAAGAUCAAGAAUACGCAAGCAGCAAGAACUUGAAGAACUACAAAAUACUGUGGACAAUCUUAUCCGCGAAAAUUCCGCACUGAAGCGAAAGCUAAUGAGACUUUCCGAGGAUUGUAUGGAGCUCUCUGGUUCAAACGACUCCAUUGAGAGAGGUCUCAUUGAGGAGUAUGGACCAGAAAUGAUUGCCGAUCUUGUGGCCACCAAGCCAGGUAGAAUCACUUCUGAAGUAAGCCCAAAGAUAGUGAAGGAAGCAGCCGAUCAAAAUCCAUCAAUUGAAGUUACCGGCCAGUGUUAACUCUAGUUACUGGAUAGGGCCAUAUAUUUUUUGCCUUUUAUUAAUAUAAUUUUUUGUUCUUUAAGUUUA